AUGGACCGCUCGCGCGUCUCGUCGCCCCCGGAGUGCGCGAACCGUCGGCCGCUCCAAGGAGGACCCCGCGAAACCCUCGAUAACGCAGCCCCGCCCACGGAGACCUUAAACGAACCAGAGACUCCGCGGCCCGCGCCGCGCGCGCUUCCUUCCAUCCCCGAGAGUGAACCCUUGCUUCGCGACCCGCUCAGUGUUAGUGCUAUCAGUGAAAAUGUAUCGCGAAAACAAAACGGUCGGUCUUUGCACGUGCAGUUCGACGCGCAGUCACCGCCUGCAGCUGUGUCCGUGUCCAGUUCCAGCUCAAGCUCGUCCGACGAUGAAGAGGUGUCUAUCGCAGAGGCUCGUCCACCGGACGGUGGCUGGGGCUGGGUCGUCGUAUUCGCCUCAUUCAUGGUUAAUCUUAUCGCCGACGGUAUCACCUUCAGUUUCGGCGUAUUUUUCCCACACUUCUUGGAGUAUUUUGGUGAAAGUAAAGGCAAGACGGCCUGGAUUGCCGGUAUUUUCAUGGCGAUGCCGCUCCUGUCCGGCCCGAUCGCCAGCUUCCUCACGGACAGAUAUGGAUGCCGGCGAGUGACCAUUUUCGGUUCUAUAUUAGCAGCUGCUGGAUUUGUAAUUUCUGCCUUUGUAGAAAAUAUGGAGACUUUAUUUUUGACUUUCGGUAUUAUGGCUGGAUUUGGUUUGAGCUUGUGCUACGUAGCAGCAGUUGUCAUAGUAGCUUACUAUUUUGAAAAGAACCGCUCCUUAGCCACCGGAAUUUCGGUUUGCGGGAGUGGUAUUGGAACGUUUGUCUUCGCGCCAUUAACCUACCUAUUAUUAGAUGAAUAUGGUUGGCGUGGAACUACUUUAAUAUUAGCUGGAUUAUUCUUAAAUAUGGGAGUUUGUGGACUACUGUUUAGAGAUUUGCCCUGGACGGCAACUAUGAACGAGGAGAGGGCAAAAGAAAGAAAAAGAAAGCGAGAAAGAAAACGCAACAAGCGUUUUGGUUCAUCAGCAGAUAGUGGAAGUUUUUCGGACAGCCGAAGUAGUGCUGCUGGAUCAGCAAAAGUACCAGAAGCCGCAGACAUUGAAGCUGUGACGUCGCCAAUAGUACCUCAGUUUAGUUCUUUAGUAGAUUUACCAACAUUUAUGACUGCUGGUGAGGGUGUUUCACUUGAAGUGUUUGAAAUGAUGUCACACCGUGGCAGGGCGUACGCCAUUAUGGCACAAAACUACCCUGGGGUUAUGCUACCAUCGAGAAGCUUUAGUGAUAGCGGGAGACUCCACGAACUGUCACCACCAAGAGUCGUCAUGUCCCCAGGGACAAUAUCUCCUAGACCUUUGUCACCUACUUCAACAUCACAAAGGACACAAGAUCAGAAUUCAUCUGCACCACUUGGCGACAAAGCUGCUUUAUCUCUAUGGCUACGAAGACAAGCUACUGGGUCUACGAAGAAACCACCGGCAUUUCUUAAAGACCUUAGAGUACACAGACAUUCCCUCACGUAUAGAGGUGCUAUGCUUAACAUCAACAGAUAUAGGCUCAGAGCGUCUUCUUGCCCCAAUAUCUUCAGGAACUCUAUGACCACCAUUGCUAAGGAAAAGGUUCAAUGGUACGCCGGUUUGUGGGACUUUUGGGACUUGGCAGUGGAUGUCCUGGACUUCUCACACUUCAAGAACCCCGCGUUCGGUGUCUUCGCCUUGUCCAACUUCCUUCUGUACAUGUGGUACGACGUACCUUACGUGUAUUUGGCUGAUAGCGGAAUGUCCAUGGGAUUUAAUGAGUCCCAAGCUUCGAUGCUGAUUUCCAUUAUUGGAAUACUGAAUAUGUUUGGAGAGAUCCUGCUGGGCUGGGUGGGCGACUGGGCGUGCGUGAGCCCGAGCGUGGUGUACGCGGGCUGCAUGGUGGCGUGCGGCGCGGUGACGCUGUGCAUGCCGCUCGCGCGCUCGUACGCCGCGCUCGGCGCCGCGUCGGGCGCGUUCGGCGCCGCCAUCGCCGCCAACUACUCGCUCACCUCCAUCAUCCUCGUGCAGCAGAUCACGCUCGAGAAGUUCACCAAUGCCUACGGCCUGCUGCUGCUCAUCCAGGGCAUGGCCAACCUCGUCGGCCCGCCCCUGGCCGGUUGGGUGUACGACGUAACGGACUCGUACGACCUGUCGUUCUACCUGGCCGGCGUGUUCAUCGCCGUGUCGGGUCUCGUGCUGCUCGUGCAGCCGCUGUGGGGCCUCACUAAGCGCUGCCUGCGCCAGCCCCCUCCGCCUCCCACACCUCCCCCCCCCUCACCCGUCGUCUCCGCACGACAACAAACCUAA